AUGGGAAGGCGUUGGUGCCCCGCGGGACGCGCCCACCCCCGGCGUUGCGGGCGCCCCCCGGUGCCCGCACGCGGCGCUGAGCAGCGGCCCCCGCCCCGCCGAGGCGGGACUGCGCAGCGCGGGCGGGCGGCGGCGCCGCCUCGGCAUCCCCGUGACGCGGAGCCAAUCAGGGCCCCGAGCUGGCGCUGCCGGCCCGGCCCCGCCCGCCGCCGCCCGGGCCGGAGAGCUGCGGACGGGGAAGCGCUGCCGCGGGUGCCCGCGGUCGCCUCGCCGCGCCCCAUGGGGAUCGAGAGCUUCUGCAGCGCGGACGCUUCCGAGCCCUUCUGGGAUUGGAAUCUGACAUGGCAYACAGAAGAUCCAGACUUCACCCCAUGCUUUCAGAACACAGUCCUGGUCUGGAUUCCUUGCAUUUACCUGUGGCUCUGCUUCCCAGUGUACUUCCUGUACCUUCGCCGUCAUGACAGGGGGUACAUUCAAGUGUCAAACCUUAACAAAGCCAAAACGGCUUUGGGCUUAAUACUGUGGAUAGUCUGCUGGGCAGACCUUUUCUACUCUUUCUGGGAAAGAAGUCAAAAUAUUUUUCGAGCUCCAUUUUUUCUCGUUAGCCCUACAGUAUUGGGUAUAACAAUGUUGCUUGCCACAUUUUUAAUACAAUAUGAAAGACUACAAGGAGUCCAGUCUUCAGGAGUAAUGACGCUUUUCUGGUUCAUCUCAUUGUUAUGUGCCACAGUGAUUUUUAUAUCCAAAAUCAAACAUGCCUUAAAAAYGGGUGCUGAAGAGGAUGCAUUUCGUUACGUCACCUUCUGCAUCUACUUCGUCCUGGUAUUAGUAGAGCUCAUCCUGUGUUGUUUUCCAGAGCAACCACCUUUGUUUUCUGAAACAGUAAAUGAUCCUAAUCCAUGUCCAGAGUUCAGUGCUUCUUUCCUCUCCAGAAUCACAUUCUGGUGGAUCACUGGGCUGAUGAUUCAGGGUUAUCGGASUCCUUUGGAAGCCAAGGAUUUGUGGUCAUUAAAUAAAGAGGACAAAUCAGAGGAAAUAGUGCCAGGUUUGGCUAGAAAUUGGGCAAAAGAGUGGUCAAAGACCAAGAGGCAGCCACCAAACAUGGUAUAYGCACCCAAAAAGCAGCAAAAAUCAGGCGACUCAAAUGGUGAUGUGACAGAAGAGGCUGAAGCUUUGAUUAUAAAACCAUCUGAGAAGAGCUCUGAAGCAUCUYUAUUCAAGGUGUUAUACAAAACCUUUGGACCAUAUUUUCUCAUGAGCUUCCUUUUUAAAGCUGCACAUGAUCUCUUGAUGUUUGCAGGCCCRGAAAUUCUGAAAUUGCUCCUCAACUUUGUAAAUAACAAAGCUGCCCCAAACUGGCAAGGCUACUUUUAUACAGUGCUGCUGUUUGUUUGUGCCUGUCUUCAGACAYUGAUUCUUCACCAGUAUUUUCAUAUUUGCUUUGUAACUGGAAUGAGGCUCAAAACAGCCAUUGUUGGUGUAAUUUAUCGAAAGGCACUUGUUAUCACAAAUUCUGCUAGGAAGACUUCUACUGUGGGUGAGAUUGUGAAUCUGAUGUCUGUGGAUGCUCAGAGAUUCAUGGACUUGGCUACCUAUAUAAACAUGGUUUGGUCUGCACCUCUCCAGGUGAUACUAGCACUGUACUUGCUGUGGCAGAAUUUAGGUCCUUCAGUGCUGGCAGGUGUGGCUGUCAUGAUCCUUCUGGUUCCAAUAAAUGCUGUGAUGGCAAUGAAGACAAAAACCUAUCAGGUGGCUCAAAUGAAGAGCAAAGACAACAGAAUUAAGCUGAUGAAUGAAAUUCUCAAUGGGAUUAAAGUUCUGAAACUUUAUGCUUGGGAAUUAGCCUUCAGAGAGAAGGUAUUAGAGAUCAGACARAAAGAACUCCAAGUCCUAAAAAAAUCUGCUUACCUUGCCGCAAUGGCAACCUUCACUUGGGUUUGUGCUCCAUUUUUGGUUGCCCUGUCCACAUUUGCUGUGUAUGUCACCAUAGACAAGAACAACAUCUUGGAUGCUCAGAAGGCCUUUGUUUCUCUGGCAUUAUUCAACAUCCUCAGGUUUCCACUGAACAUGCUUCCUAUGGUCAUCAGCAACAUAGUAGAAGCCAGUGUCUCCUUGAAGCGCCUCAGGGUGUUCCUGUCUCAUGAAGAAUUAGAUCCAGACAGCAUAGUGAGGGGUCCCAUCAAAGAGGCUGAAGGGUGCAUUGUUGUAAAGAAUGCAACAUUUAGCUGGGCCAAAACUGAUCCUCCCUUGCUGAACAGCAUUAAAUUCACUGUCCCUGAAGGCUCCUUGGUGGCUGUUGUUGGUCAGGUUGGCUGUGGAAAGUCAUCACUGCUGUCUGCAUUACUGGGGGAGAUGGACAAAAAGGAAGGCUACGUGGUUGUCAAGGGCUCUGUAGCCUACGUUCCUCAACAAGCCUGGGUCCAGAAUGCAACUCUGGAAGAUAACAUUAUCUUUGGAAGGGAGAUGAAUAGGAGCCGGUACAAGCGUGUGAUUGAGGCUUGUGCRCUGCUGCCUGAUAUAGAGAUUCUUCCUUCAGGAGACAAAACAGAAAUAGGAGAAAAGGGUGUGAAUUUGUCUGGAGGACAGAAGCAGCGAGUCAGCCUUGCUCGAGCAGUUUACUGCAAUGCAGAUGUCUAUUUACUUGAUGAUCCUUUAUCAGCUGUUGAUGCUCAUGUUGGGAAACACAUUUUUGAAAAAGUCAUAGGACCAAAAGGAAUCCUGAAAAAUAAAACUCGGGUUUUGGUAACCCAUGCAAUCAACUAUCUGCCUCAAAUGGAUACAAUUCUGGUGAUGACUGAUGGAAAGAUCUCUGAGAUGGGCUCCUACCAGGAGCUGCUGGAGCAAGAUGGGGCUUUUGCUGAGUUUCUUCGUACAUAUGCUAAUGCUGACCAAACCAUGGAGAACAGUGAUACAAAUAGUCCAUCUGCAAAGGAAGGCAARCCUCUAGAAAAUGGAGUCCUUGUGAAUGAAGGCCCUGGAAAGUUGAUGCAUAGGCAGCUCAGUAACUCUUCAACGUACAGCAGAGACACUGGGAAGCCACAGCAYCAGAGCAGCACAGCAGAGCUGCAGAAGCCACUUGCUGAAAAGAAUUCCUGGAAACUGACGGAGGCCGACACAGCAAAGACUGGGAGGGUAAAGGCAACAGUGUACUGGGACUACAUGAAAGCAAUUGGACUCUUUAUGUCUUUCUUGGCCAUUUUCCUCUUUAUGUGUAACCAUAUAGCCUCCCUGGCUUCCAACUACUGGCUAAGUUUGUGGACAGAUGAUCCAGUUAUCAAUGGGACCCAGCAGAACACAACUCUCAGACUGGGAGUAUACGGAGCACUGGGAAUUUCUCAAGGUAUUGCUGUGUUUGGCUACUCAAUGGUUGUGUCGAUAGGAGGAAUAUUUGCAUCACGACACCUGCACCUGAACCUGCUGCACAACGUCCUCAGGUCUCCCAUGAGUUUCUUUGAGCGCACUCCCAGUGGGAACCUCGUGAACCGUUUCUCCAAGGAGAUUGACACCAUUGACUCCACCAUCCCACCCAUCAUCAAGAUGUUCAUGGGCUCCACUUUUAACGUCAUUGGGGCUUGUAUCAUCAUUCUGCUGGCCACACCUAUAGCUGCUGUCAUCAUCCCACCUCUGGGACUUGUCUACUUGUUUGUGCAGAGGUUUUAUGUGGCCACUUCACGGCAGCUGAAGCGUCUCGAGUCUGUCAGUCGCUCUCCUGUGUAUUCCCACUUCAACGAGACCCUGCUGGGAGUCAGUGUCAUCCGAGCCUUUGAGGAGCAGAAACGUUUCAUCAAGCAGAACGACAUGAAGGUGGAUGAGAAUCAGAAAGCUUAUUAUCCCAGCAUUGUUGCAAACAGGUGGCUGGCUGUCCGUCUGGAGUACGUGGGGAACUGCAUUGUCCUGUUUGCAGCAUUGUUUGCAGUGAUUGCACGCAACAAACUCAGCGCAGGGCUGGUUGGCCUCUCAGUGUCCUACUCACUGCAGAUUACAGCUUACUUAAACUGGCUGGUCCGCAUGUCAUCUGAGCUGGAAACCAACAUUGUUGCUGUUGAAAGAGUCAAAGAAUAUGCUGAAAUGGAGAAGGAGGCUGAGUGGAGCAUUGAACAAACGGCCCCAGCCAGCACCUGGCCCGAGGAAGGGAAGGUGGAAUUCCGAGGCUAUGGUUUGCGCUACCGCCAAGAUUUGGAUCUGGUUCUGAAAAACAUCAAUGUUACCAUCAAUGGGGGUGAAAAGAUUGGAAUAGUUGGAAGAACAGGAGCUGGAAAAUCCUCGCUUACUUUAGGUUUGUUUCGGAUUAAUGAAGCAGCUGAAGGAGAGAUUAUUAUUGAUGGGAUUAAUAUUGCAAAGAUAGGGCUCCAUGACUUGCGGUUCAAGAUCACCAUCAUCCCUCAGGAUCCAAUCUUAUUUUCUGGCUCUCUGCGUAUGAAUCUUGAUCCUUUYGACCAACACUCCGAUGAAGACAUCUGGAGGUCAUUGGAAUUGGCUCACCUGAAGAACUUUGUAUCAUCCCUUCCUGAUAAACUCAAUCAYGAGUGUGCUGAGGGUGGUGAGAACCUCAGUGUGGGACAGCGCCAGCUGGUGUGCCUGGCACGAGCUCUGCUCAGGAAGUCCAAAAUCCUGGUUCUGGAUGAAGCCACAGCUGCUGUUGAUCUUGAAACAGAUAAGCUCAUACAGUCAACUAUAAAGUCUCAAUUUGAAGAAUGUACUGUAUUAACUAUAGCACAUCGUCUGAACACAAUCAUGGACUACACRAGAGUUUUAGUCCUGGAGAGAGGAGAAGUGGUGGAGUGUGGUACCCCAGACCAACUACUUCAGGAAAAAGGCAUUUUCUAUAGCAUGGCCAAAGAUUCAGGCUUGGUGUAGCAUUUGAACUUGGCURUUUACUGUGGGGAAGAGGGAAGUGAUACAUUUGGAGACCUGUAACUUCCCCUGAGCUGGACUGAACCACAGAGCUGAGUUUCAGACGCAGUGAAAUCAGCCAGAGCGUGGUGAUGGAAAUAACAUAAAAAUGCAAUUUUUUUCUUAUUUUUUUUAUUUCUCCUUAGUAUUGAUUUUARCCACCUUUAGGAGAAGCACAUGCACUGUGCAAGACACUUCAGAGGCUCCUAUUUUUUUGCCUGAAAUCUGUCAUUACAUGCUCAAAUGUACGGCAGAGUGAUUCAUCAGAGAAGCUCAGAAAAGCUUUUUCUUCUCAUCUGCUCUUACAUUCUGAAGUUCCCUCCUUUUUUUUUUUUUUGUUUAAAACAUUUUUGCAAAUGCUAGUUAUUUGCUUGUUUGCGGAUUCCUCAUUUCAUGAGCCAUCUAUUGUGGGAUGCACUUGGAACAUUUUGUGGCAUAUAGUACUAUAGUCCAAAGAUUUUUCUUCUUGUGAAAUAAAAUGUGUGCCAGACUUUGUCAUUAUGGCAUUUACUGUACAUGGUUAAUGCUUUAUGCAUUGUCCUAAAGGUUUCCUGUGUUUACAGCGUGGAGCAGCAAGUUCACUGUAAUGUCAGUAGUGCUGAUGUGAAAAAGCACAGUCAACUUCAAAGCAGUCUUUAAGCAUGUCUGGAAUGACAAUCACUCCGAAACCAAAUUGGUACAGCAGGUGGUGCGUGCUCUGUGCAGUCCCUGAUCUUACACCCAGCCCACUCAGGAAUUCCAGCUGGGGUUCCCAGUGCUGGGGACACCCGUGGGGAGGAGGCUGACAAGGGAGGAUUGGCCUGAGCAGAGCCUGCAGGCUCAGGGUGACGUUGAUUGUARCACCCUUGGCUUUGGCAGUUCUGUGCUUUCAUAGCAGCUCUGCCACAUCAAGGACCAUUAGCCUUAUAUCCAAGAAACAUGCCCUUCAUGCUGCUGCUGUUGACUCUUAAAUUUUGUGGGAAAAUGUUCUGUUACAGUUGUUUAAAAAAAAAAAAAUUAGUGUUUUAAAGUUGUGUGUCAGAAGGGUCUAAAAAUUCAACUAGCAAUGGAGUCUGGUUUUCAAGAUCCAUGUUGAAUUUUCAUCUUUCUGUGGUAAGAAAAAAGUUACUUUUCUAAUGUUCUGAUUAGUCUUAUUUUAAAGGAAAAUGCUGGAAKAAAGCAAACUAAGUCAGAUGGAUCCAAAUACUCAGCACUGAGAAUGUGGACUUCUGUGAUUGAUAUUGCUGACCUUAAUACUAGACAAUUGUUGUCCUUAGAGUAAAGCUAUUUAUUUUUUUGUAAAUUAUGACUCUCUGAAAUUGAAUAGACUGAAAAUUUCUUUGGUAUUUUUUGUAAUGACAAUACAAAUAUUUGCAAACAACUUGCAGUAAAAAUUGUUUGAAAGAAAACGUGUUAUUUCUUGCCUURUGUUUGACAAAGGGUUUGCUUUGUCAGUUCAGCUUUUUGCCUUGAAAAUAGAGAUUAUUGGUGCUGCUUAGCCUAAU